AUGUCUUACAAUGAUUUCACUGGGCUUUUGCCAAGAAAUUAUAUCAAACAAUUUGAAGCUAUGAUGAAUAUGGAUGAACAUGAAAUGAAACUGAAAUACAUGGACAACCAACUAGUGGGACGAAUUCCUCGAGGGAGCCAAUUUAAUUCAUUUGGGAACGACUCAUACAAUGGGAACUUGGCCUUAUGUGGAUUCCCUUUAUCAAAGAUAUGUGAGGAACAACAGCCAUUGCCACCUUCACCAACACUCCAACAUGAUGAAAAUUCAGAUUGGGAGGGCGGAUUUAACCAGAAAAUUGUUGUGAUGGGGUAUGGAUGCGGCUUUGUAUUUGGAAUGGUUAUGGGAUAUCUUAUGUUUGUAACUCGAAGUCCAGAAUGCUUGAUGAAAAUUGUUGAAGGAAAACAAUAUAAGAAGGUGAAAAGGUCCAAGAAGACGCCCAUUGAUGCAGUAAAUGAAGAAAUCAGCAAAAACAAAUGGCGUCAUUUAGUUUCUGGCUAUGGGUAG